AUGACCAAUCAACAUUCCAAAUUUUGUGGCAAUACGUGCCCUUCUACAUCUACUUAUGUUUUGACAAACAGUCUCUGUUCUCAACAGCGAUUAGAAUGUUCUUCUGAAUUAGCUUCUCUUACCUCUUUAUUAGUUCAUCUUUGCUUGACGGGUUCAGAUGUUUGUGAACAACAAUCAAUUGCUUCUUUUAUUUUAAAAAAAUUUGAAAAAGAAAUUAAUAAAAUGUCAACAACUUUUGAUUUUGUCGAAGCUUCCCCUAUUUUUAUUUCUUCGCCAACAACUUCUAAAUCAGAAUUAAUAGUAACAAAAGAAUUAAAAACAAAGAAAUUGCCUAAUCGAAAUUCAGUAAAAACUUCAAUUUCUGGUGAAAAUGAAGAAGAAAAAAUUAAGAAAAAAAGUGGAAAUAUUUCAAAAAAUAUUGAAUUAAAUAAAUCUUUUAAAGAAGAAAAACAAAAUCAGAAAAAGGUUUUUUUGUUAAUUAAAAAAAAUAAUUGUCAUUUUUAG